UGUUAAGAGAGAAUGAUUGAAUUAGAAUAACACUGAAAAAAAGUUAUCAAAGUUACCAACACCCAAUCCACGAUUUAUCGGUACAGUGAACAUUGCAUGAUUUUCUUAACUGCAGUGAAACAUGGUCCUCACUCCUCAUUCUUACUGUAAAACCCCUUUGUUGUUUUCCGCAUUGCCACAUCUGGGUUUUACCAAUCACAAUGUUUUCCUCAAAUUCUCAGGUUUUGGAAGAUAAAAUUCUUAGUGAAUGGAAAGUUUGAUUCCGUUGGAACCCUAAUUUUUCUCUGUAUUUGAUCUUUAUAUUGUAACAUCAUAGUUCAAAAUGAUUACUUGUGUGCCAACAAAUUUUGUACAUUUUAAUUUGCUGAAUGUUAGAGGAAGGACAUUUCCUAGGAGAGUUAAUUUCAUGCAAAAUGUUGACAGAAGAAAUGGAUUUUUAGGUAGUGUAAUUAAGUUAGGUUUAGUUCAAGUCAAGUGUUCAAAUCAUAGCCAAGAUCCUUUUCUACAUCUACAUCCCGAGGUUUCGAUGCUGAGAGGUGAGGCGAGUAAGACGGUGGAUAUUCCAAGAAAAGGUAGUUUAGGUGAGGAUUUAUCUGAGAGGGUAGAAGAUAUGUCUAGUCGGAGUAACUACAAUCAGGCAAAGAUUAAGGUUAUUGGUGUGGGAGGUGGUGGAUCUAACGCGGUCAAUCGCAUGAUAGAGAGUUCGAUGCAGGGAGUUGAGUUUUGGAUUGUUAAUACUGAUGUUCAGGCCAUGAGAAUGUCGCCUGUGUUUCCUGAGAACCGUUUGCAAAUUGGUUUGGAGCUUACGAGAGGUCUUGGAGCUGGUGGUAACCCUGAGACGGGAAUGAAUGCUGCGAAAGAAAGCAAGGAAUCAAUUGAAGAGGCGGUUUAUGGAGCUGAUAUGGUCUUUGUUACGGUAUGUUCAGCUACUUUUCUCCAGUAAUAGUUUCUGCAAAUU